AUGUUGAGAUACUGGGGAGAGAUACCAAUCUCAUCAAGCCAGACCAACAGAAGUUCUUUUGACUUGCUCCCUCGGGAGUUCCGACUGGUAGAAGUCCAUGACCCGCCUCUGCACCAACCCUCAGCCAACAAGCCCAAGCCCCCCACUAUGCUGGACAUCCCCUCAGAGCCCUGCAGCCUCACUAUCCACACCAUUCAGCUGAUCCAGCACAACCGACGUCUGCGUAACCUCAUUGCCACAGCACAGGCCCAGAAUCAGCAACAGACAGAAGGUGUAAAGACUGAAGAGAGUGAACCUCUUCCUUCCUGCCCUGGGUCACCUCCUCUUCCUGAUGAUCUCCUUCCUUUAGAUUGUAAGAAUCCCAAUGCACCAUUCCAGGUCCGGCACAGUGACCCAGAGAGUGACUUUUAUCGGGGGAAAGGGGAGCCUGUGACUGAACUCAGCUGGCACUCCUGCCGACAGCUCCUCUACCAGGCAGUGGCCACAAUCCUGGCCCACGCGGGCUUUGAGUGUGCUAAUGAGAGCGUCCUGGAGACCCUGACUGAUGUGGCACACGAGUACUGCCUGAAGUUCACCAAGCUGCUGCGCUUUGCUGUGGAUCAGGAAGCCCGGCUGGGGCAGACUCCCUUCCCCGACGUGAUGGAGCAGGUGUUCCAUGAAGUGGGCAUCGGCAGCGUGCUCUCCCUCCAGAAAUUCUGGCAGCACCGCAUCAAGGACUAUCACAGUUACAUGCUACAGAUUAGUAAGCAGCUCUCUGAAGAGUAUGAGAGGAUCGUCAAUCCUGAGAAGGCCACAGAGGACACGAAGCCUGUCAAGAUCAAGGAGGAACCUGUGAGCGACAUCACCUUUCCUGUCAGUGAAGAACUGGAGGCCGACCUUGCUUCUGGAGACCAGUCGCUGCCCAUGGGAGUCCUCGGGGCUCAGAGCGAGCGCUUCCCAUCUAACCUGGAGGUCGAGGCUUCACCACAGGCUUCAAGUACAGAGGUAAAUGCUUCCCCUUUUUGGAACUUGGCCCAUGUGAAAAUGGAGCCUCAAGAAAGUGAAGAAGGCAACGUCUCUGGGCAUGGCGUGCUGGGCAGCGAUGUGUUUGAGGAGCCGAUGUCAGGCAUGAGUGAAGCUGGGAUCCCCCAAAGCCCUGAUGACUCAGACAGCAGCUAUGGCUCCCACUCCACUGACAGCCUCAUGGGCUCCUCCCCUGUUUUCAACCAACGCUGCAAAAAGAGGAUGAGGAAAAUAUAA